AUGGUGAUGUCUCAACUGUUGUCGGCUCUACGGCAACAUACGUUGCAUACGUUUACUACAAUAGCAACUACGCUGCCAGCUGUAUCGAUCCCAGCAUCUACCGUAACAGGUUCUACAACGGGCGGUGAUACCAUUAUUGAUUCAAUCAUUCACUUCAUCAAGAGAGCAAGUGAAAUUGACAGUGCUAUCAACAAUCAAGUCACAAGAUUCACGCAUCACCAGAAUUUCGUAUUUCGCGUCUUCUGCCAAGUUGUGGGAUUUUUCACAGCUACAGCGAUUGAAGGAGCAGAUAUAGCAAUUUUCGCAUUUGCUUUGCACACUUUUUUGUUGAUUUUCAAACCUUCGUUGAAUACCCGACUGGCUCACUCCAAUAGAGUGGAAGGUGGAUUGUACAAGAUGAGAUACUUGGUUUAUGCAUUAUCGGUGUUAAUCCCCUUGGUAUUGGCAAGUUUAGCAUUUAUUAACAGCAUGGGAUACGAUUCUCUUGUCUGUUGGUGCUAUUUGCCAAUGAGACCUGUCUGGUACAGGUUAGUGUUGAGUUGGGUUCCGCGUUGGUGUAUUGUUGUGGCCAUUUUUGUAUUCUAUGGCUUGAUUUACAUUCGUGUGGUUAGAGAAUUUAAAUCAUUGGGUGGGGAUUUCACCAAUAUUCAUCAGAGAAAUGCAGGUCAUUUCAAUAAUGAAUCUCCAACUUUUUUUGCAUCCUUGAAAUUCUUUUUCGGCUCAAUAAAGGAUCAUUUGUUUCCGAAAAUGUUGAUCCCGGAGGAUUCAGUACGCACGGGGAAGCCAGCAACUGCUGGCGUAAUUCUUGAAAAUGGCCGUUCAAGAGUUCGCGGUGGAGAGAAUGAACUGGAUACCGAUGAAGUUGACGAUUUAGAAGAAUUGGCAGAUGACUAUACUGAUUCAUCCAUCAAGGACAUCAAUCUACAACAUUUUGAAAGGCGACAGAAAGUGAUUGAAAAACAGAUGAAGACGAUUUUCAUAUACCCGUUUGCGUACUGUUUUCUUUGGUUAUUCCCAUUCAUCUUACAAUGUACUCAGUUCAACUAUGAGGAGACCCACCAACCAGUUUAUUGGUUGAACGUUUUAGGUGCUUUUUUCCAGCCAUUCAGUGGAGUUGUUGAUUCCACUGUAUUUUUCCUUCGAGAAAAGCCUUGGAGGAAUACUGCCAUGAGAAAUUUUGAAAAGGAGCAUCGACACCGCGUUGACAACAUCAUUCAAAAUAGCGUUGAACAACACAGGUACAGUUCUGUGCCAUUCUCAAAUACUCAAGAGGCAAGUGAGCGCAUUGCACGAAAUUCGGUUACAGCUAGUACUGCCUUGGUUGAUCUUGAUGGAUACAAAGCUUGGCGGCGAGUUUUGAAUAGAUGGAAAUUCCCAUUGUUUCAACUACCGACUCAGGAGAAUAUUUUCAAAGUUCAGGACAAGUAUAUUACCAAGAUAUUGAGAGAAAAAGAAGAGAAUGGUGAAUUUGCAAACUUUGGACCUCAAAACCCAAAAGGAGCCAAAUCAAAUUUCACAAUGAUGAAUGAGAAACCAAAUAGCACAACUAGCAAUGAUGAUAGUGAGUUGAGUUUCCCACCACAAAUUCAUGAAAAAUAUUCGAAUCACAAGUUCGAGCAUGGAUCAAGUGCUGGUACCAUUCCUACACUUAGUCUUCCACAAAGGCGCAAGACCAGCGUGCCCGUGUUCAAUGCGGAUAUACAAACGCCACAAUCGCCAAGCCAUGUUGACGGUAAUGGUGACGAGGAAGGGGACGAGGGGAGCGAACUAGACUUUACGCAGUUUUUGAAGUCCUGA